UCGUAGUAAGGCGGAAGUGGUCGCGGAAAUGUUGCACAUGCGCUUGCUCGUCCAAGCGCGACAAAGCAUGCGCGGUCCUUUUCGGAGAAUAAUUACAUUUAUUAAAGCAUUAAUCAUUGGAUCACGCUAUGUUCAGAAUAGCGUGAUUGCAUGUUCCUGCUAUGUACCGUUUUCAGGUUGAAUUGGCUGCCCACUCGUUAUUUGUUAAGAGUCAUCGUAGGCGCGCGGUUCUCCGUUAUCUCUUGAAUCUAUUCCAAGAAUUUUUCUUUUUGACGCGUAUCUCUUUAUCUGAUUGCCCAUUUUCUUGAGUCACCGCACAAUGGUGAGCAAACUCUGGUGUCAAGAGAUUGGCCACAGGUGGAGACAGGUGGCUAAACAGGAACCACCACAGGCGCGUGUGCUGUCCGAACCGAAGUGCCAAUCGUACGUGGCUAUUUGGUAUCUAUACUACCGUUGGAUCAUCUUCCUCGUCUGGGCCGCUUUUGUCAUAUGUUCGGUAUUUGAAUUUGGCAGUUAUAAACCACUAAUGCAGUAUGAGAAAUGGCCAAUCUAUCUGACCAACUGGGACAUAGCUCUGGGCUUUACACAAGCGCUGAUUGGCGGUAUCCUUGUGUCGAAGCGAUGGCGAUUACAGAAGAUAUCCGGCUUUGAUCCUUGCAAUCUCAAAUUGGAGUCCACUGAACGACUAUAUUGGUUUCUGUACGUUGUCACGACCAACAUGGCAAUUGGCGUAACGGUGUGCUAUUGGCUCACCGUAUAUAAUCCAGCGAUUCAUCAGGUGGACCCGCUCAAUAUCAUGAUGCACGUGUGUAACACCGUGCUGAUGCUGAUUGAUCUAUUUGUUACCAACAUACCGUUCCGUCUGCGAAACUUCUGGUGGUGUUUAUCGAUCGUUAUGUUCUAUGUAAUCUUCUCAGUGAUUUACUAUCUUGCUGGCGGCCUUGACAAAUAUGGUUAUCACUACAUCUACAAAAUCCUUGAUUGGAAGAAGCCGUUGCGAACGUCACUCGUUUGUAUUGGCGGUUUCACAUUCGUAACAGUGCUGCAUUGCAUCACUUGUUUGUUGGCGAACAUCAGAGACCGGAUCUAUCGCAAGACUAUCGAGAAAAUCAACAAAUCUGUGCAGAUAAAUAUGAGUGAUAAACCGCUUCCAGAAAAACCAACGGAAGUAGUCUAAUCAUUAAAAAUUUAUUUAGAAAUAUAAUUUGAUUUAAUAUCCUCAGCACAUAAAGUCCCAAAGCGUGGAAUAAUCUAAUAUUCGGUAAGUUGAAACGAAACGUGUUUUCUUGACAUGAUUGUAUCUACGAAUAGAGUCUUUCUGGUGAGCUUUCUGUGACCAUUCAACUUGCUUGUAAAAAUGAGAAAAUAUUAAUAGGAAGUUAACAGUGAUAUAUAUAAUUUUGAGUUUCGUCCUUAGCAAUAUUUCUAGUAAAUUAGAAAAAUAUAAUUGCUAACGAUAUCAAUCAGUAUACUGAUUAGAGAUGGGCGAUACAGCGCCAAUAUUUUAAAUAUUGAUAAAAUAUUUACAGACUUUUUUCCUCGUUAUUUUGUACCGAUAUUUCAUCUUUCGAUAUUGAUGUAUCGAUAUUUGAAAAGGAAUAUGCGACUUCUGACAC